GUAUAAUAGCAUCGCUAUCAUAUGACCCAUGCGGAAGGACACCAAAUUAGCUAUCUGAAAACAUUUAUCUUAGGAUCUGGUUAGUAUUAUUCACGUGGAUUUAAAAUCUAAUGGAGGGGUUUAUGAAAACGUCCCUAAACCAAGCAUCAGAAACUGCCCCGGAUUUCAGAGGGAAUGAUGGAUCCUUGGUGUCUGCUCUUAAAACACUGCUGUUUUUUACCAUCUUAAUGGUUACACUACCAAUAGGAUUAUAUUUUGCAUCCAAGGCAUACAUUUUUGAAGGCUCAUUUGAGAUGUCCAACACAGAUAGCUAUUUCUAUGCUGCUAUUGUAGCAGUUUUGGCAGUGCAUGUAGUCCUAGCCCUUUUUGUUUAUGUAGCCUGGACGGAAGGUUCAUCACAGAGGAGGAAAGGCAAGCAUGAUUAAACUCAGAUGGCAGAAGUAAAACGGAGUUCAUCCAUAUGGCCAUGCCGGCCUUUAAUGUCAGAGAGGAGGAUGAAAGUUUCAAGUUAACGGUAGCAUUACGAUUGAGUUCAUUUAUGUGGAUUUUAUUCCAUUUUUUUUGUACUGUAGUCAUGUUCAAAUGUAUGGGGACCUGUGCAGUAAAAUGUCAAUCAGUUCUAAUCUGAGAAUCCCA